UUUAUACUGCUGAGCAAAAAAAAAGGUUUGAUGAUGUGCCAGGAAAAGUUCGUCUCCAAUAUAAAAUUUGAAGAGGAUGCCAAUGGUUUUCAUGUAGAAGCCAAGGUUAAGGCUGAAAUGAGAAAAAAUGAAACCUACAAAGUCGACAUGAGGAUUUCUGCUGGGAAUGAGGUGUUAGAUGCCUUUUGCCUUUGCAAAGCUGGGAGCCGCCCUUCAUCAUGCAAACAUACUUUUGCUCUUUUAUAUUGUUUGGAGGAGUACAGUAAGCAGGAAAUGUACUUGGCCCCAACGGAACGAUUACAAGUUUGGCAUAAACCCAAGGUCACAAAACUAAGUCCUAAAAAAUGUUCAGAUUUGUAUAAAAAACCUAGGAUUACGCAUGAUUCUGUUGAACCAGUUAACUAUAGUGUUCUGUUUACUGGAAACAGAAACCUGCAAUAUUUGUCGGUCAUGAAAGAAUGUCACAAUACAAUGAGUAUCUUACCAUUGCCUGCAAUUGUCCUCUCUGAAAGACCAACUUAUGAUUUUGUUACCCGAAAUGUUUCGGAGCUAUUGUUCGUAACAAAAUUUUUAACUUUUGAUUUAGAUGUAAUUUGGAAUUUGGAGGCAGAAACUAUUGAGCAAAGCAACUGCUUGAAAUGGAAAGUUGAGCGAGCUUGCCGGUUGACUGCUUCCAAUUUUCAUAGAAUUUGUAGCAGAAGGAGUAACUUUGAUGUUUUAGCUUCACAAAUAUUUGAUUCUCACUUUAAGAACCUGAGUUACAUCCCUGCAAUUAAAUAUGGAAUUGAAAAUGAAUCAGUGGUUCGUAACUUUGUCAGGACAACUUAUAACAAAUUUGAUGUGAGGAAAACUGGCUUAGUUACAAACCCAUUCAUGCCUUUUUUAGCAGCUUCACCUGAUGGUUUGAUUCACAAUGAUGAUGAUGCACUCCUACUUGAAGUGAAGUGCAAAGUGAAUGCUGCUAAUAAAUCUUUAAUUGAUCUAUGUUCCGAAGCUAGCUUUUGUCUUGAAAAGGAUGACAAUGGUGAUAUGAAAUUAAAAAAAAACCAUUCCUAUUAUUAUCAGAUUCAGGGCCAGCUAGCAUUAACUAACAUAGCUAAGUGUGUGUUUGCUUUGCAUUACAUGCAACCUAAUCACAUUUUUAUGCAAACUAUUGAGUUUGAUGAAGUGUUUUGGUCCUCAAUUUUUGAUUCUUUUAGGAGUUUUUAUUUUAAUUUCUAUCUGCCUCAUAUUGUUUUAAAUGAAAAUAAAAUAGCUAGUUUAUAAUCAAUAUAUUUCCGAUUUUCACUUUUUAA